AUGGCUACACUCAACAUAUCCGAGGCAAGAUCUAAUCCGACGGGUGAUGAGAAUGUCGAAACCAAUGCUGCGGUGAGAUUGUCGGAAGAGGCUCGUAGUCCUCUAAUCAAAUCGAGUGAAGAAGAGGAGUCCUUCCUGCCACCCCUUCCAUCUGUGGAGCAGAUGCGCAGAGAUGUUGCUAAUGCCACCUGUGAAUUGCAACAGGCCUUCUUUCAAAUGCACAAUCCAAAAUGUACCCAAGACAUCGAUAAUGAAAACCAACAAUUAUCAGCGGCACCAUUCCCAUCUGAACCUGAUGACCAUAGGCUCAAGAACACACAAGGUAAUUCCAUGGAGGAUCCACUUCAUCGCACUCAAGAGGAGAUUGUCUGUGAAGAGCUCAUAAUUAAUGGGAAAAAGUAUCGGCACACCUUUCAAAAGCGCGUAGUUCUUGAAAGUCAGAAAACACGAGAAAUAUUUAUGCUACCAGCAAGUGGAGACACCGAGCAAAUAGAAAACGGCACAAUUCAAGAGAAGUACGUCUCCUCCAAUUUCGACCAAUAUAAUCGAGCCUUCGAGGAGAAUGGAGCACGCCUAGAUUUAAGGGUGCAAAAUCAGGAGGGCGGUUUCAGCCCUCGACUUGUCAUUGCAUCGCAAGGAGAGUCUCCCCCUCGGGGUACUCGUUCAAGUCCCGGUAAAGCGAAACCAAAGGAAUUAUGCUCAGCUAGUGUCGGUUCGGCAACUACCCUCAGAUCCGAAAGCGAUACUGGUACCACACCUAACACUCCACUAGUUAUAAGCCAUAUGUAUCAUUUUGGACAUUGGGAUAAAACGGCGUCAAUUUUGGACCCUCGAUUGCCUGCUUGUCUGGGGGCUCCUUAUGAGGUAUCUGGAUUUGAAGACGAUUCUAUCUUCUGCGUGACGCCGGCUGAAUGGCAUCAUUCCGAUAUUACCUAUGGUCACGAGGCAGCCAGAGCGAUGGGUACAACUGCAAAGGCGAGAAUAGUUGCCUGCCUGCAGAAAUUUACCCAACGAAGUGCACAAACAGGAAAACAGCUCUAUCGAAGCACCUACGUACAGCAUACAAAGAUUGCCAGAUGGAGGAGUUCAGAAAAGCGUGGCGAAAUCCUGCCAUGUGCAAUCACAAAUGAGUUAUCAGCUACACCGGGGACGCCUGCACAGCUGCUGGAAAGCCCACAGCAUUUCGUUGCAAAUGUCAGCGAGGUCUGGAAACAAGUUGCUCGUUCCCCACUCGGUGGUGAAGAGGAGGAGGCUAUUUCGUUUCCUCCACUUUGCCUCUGUUCCUACGAUCGUCUCCAACUCCUCCAAACGUUGUGUCCAGCUGCAGCAGCAGCUAUCAUGAUACUUGGCGGGCAGAUGCCAGAAAUGCGCAGCAAUAGUUGCACCACACCCCCUAAUCACUCACCAAGGCUAAUGUCCACUGUUACUGCUGACGCUUGGUGCCCACGUGCCCUCAUGGUUAUGGACAGCACGGAAGAGUCUCUUCUCUUCUCCAUGCAUGACGGCUUUGUAAGUCUGAUCUUCUACACAUAA